UUGCCAUGGUUACUGCCCCCCCCCUCCGCCGGAAGUAGGAAGGGGCCGCGCGCGCCCGCCCGCCCCAGCAUGCACCACGAGCACGAUCACGCGCGCCGCCUGCGCCAAGCCGUUCGGGCGCCCAGGCUGGGACGGGGUGAUAUGGCAGCUUCUUCCUCGUCAUCUUCAGCUGGCGGAGUCAGCGGCAGCUCCGUAACGGGAUCGGGGUUCAGCGUUUCGGACCUGGCGCCGCCCCGAAAAGCCCUUUUCACGUACCCCAAAGGAGCCGGGGAGAUGCUGGAAGAUGGCUCCGAAAGAUUCCUCUGCGAAUCUGUUUUCAGCUAUCAGGUUGCAUCUACGCUAAAGCAAGUGAAACACGAUCAACAAGUCGCACGGAUGGAAAAACUAGCCGGGCUGGUGGAAGAGCUGGAGGCAGAUGAGUGGAGGUACAAGCCAAUAGAGCAGCUCCUGGGAUUCACUCCCUCCUCGGGCUGAGCGUGUCUGGAUCGCUGCUGUCAGGGAACAGAAGAAAAACAUUCUCUGGCCUGGCUUCAAAACACACCCCAUUUAUCAGGAUGCUGACAGCUGCAGGACUGGGCUCUUUUUUUUCAAUUUCAGAGUGGGGAUCCCCCAUAAAGCUGCCAGUAAAUGGAAAUAAUAGGAUUCUCCAAGUCCUCUGUGGCAUUACAGCCUGGCACGCCUCAGUUUCUGUGACUUAGAAGGUCGGAUCGGUUUUACAGAGCUCGGAGAAUCACUGGAUUGUUUACAGAGGGGGGAAGACUUGCUGUGGGGUGAGGGGGAAAGCAACCCAGUGACUCCUGCUGGCUUUUCCCCAGCGGCUUUGCCGCUGAAGCCGGGUCUGUCGAGCAGAGGUACGACGCUCUGCCCGAAACGCUUUUCAGCCAGCCCUGGAUGGUGGGUUUUGGGGGUGAACAGGACAAAAAACAUCCUGAGUCCGCUGAGAGAGGGCAAACGGUGCCGUUUUCUCCAGAGGUACCUUGUGUAUCGGCAAAAGCUGUUUUCUCUUCAUUGCUCUUGUGUCUGCACAGCGAGGGCUGAGAGGACACUGCUCUAUCUUUCAUACCCCGAAACUCGUUUUCCUCUUUAUUAUGCAUUAUCUUGCUCUGCGGUAAUAAAAUAAUUCUGUCUUUGAAA